AUGGGACGGCUUGCGCAUGACUUAGUUUACUGGUUGCCGUAUGGUUUAGGCGGGCGCUGUCGACAUGCCCUACCGACUCAACUAAACUUACUUGUGUCUACUUCCAGGCUCGUCCGAUCGCCCGGCUCAAGAACAGCACCCUUCUCUCUCUCAUCAGCGUCUCCUCCGCAUGGGAUUCUAACAACGCUCCGCUUCUCCUCCUCGCUAAUGGCAAGUUUCUCCAUCAUGCGGUCCACACCCCCGGUCCCCCCUACGCACACCUCGGCACUCACAAGGACGCCCGUCGCCUUUCCCCGGGGUCGCUGGGUCCUCCAGCACACGCGUCUCACCCCGCCUCGCCCCCGGAAGAGCAAGGCGGCGAGAGUGGCGCGCAGGGCGUGGUGCUCGGGACAAAAGCGGGGCGCGCACGACGAGCGGGCGAAGCGGCGCUGCUUGCGCAGCGGGAGCGGGCGCGAGACCGCCGAGGGAUGGUGGGCGGGGGGACACAGAGGGCACGGCGGGGGUUGGGGGAGCAGGUUGGUCGUGGGAGGAUUGUUCAUGGCGAUGGUGGUGGAGGGAGGUGGCGACAGAGAGCGGUGCCGAGAAGAGCGGUAG